AUGAGUUUUACGUCUCCAGACAAUCUUCCUUACCAUGGCUUGAUUUUGGAAUACAUGCCAGGUGGAGAUUUGGCGACUUUUCUCCAGAAAAUGCUUGAAAAUGAAUGGGGAGAAAACGAGGAAGAAUGGGUCGAAAACGAUGCUCUUGGAAUUUCAGCGCAGCUUGUUCUUGCUAUGAAAUACAUUCAUGGUGAAAAUAUCAUCCAUCGAGACAUCAAGCCCGAGAACAUACUGCUUUCUGAAGAUCAGAAACUCGUGAAGAUCGCGGACUUCAACGUUUCCCGACUGUUUGAAGGAACUAUGAAUACCGGUGUGGCUGGAUCGAUGGAAUUUCUUCCUCCAGAGAGUCUUCAGGGCCAAGGAGAUGAGAAUGUUACUUUUGGGCAUGAUGUUUGGGCGAUGGGAAUCGUUUUUCAAAUGCUCUGCACCUUCAGGACUUGUUUUCUCUUCUUAAAAGCCGUUUCAGCUUAUUAA